AUGGAAGCAGACACUAUUCAGCUUAAUGAAGAGCAGAAAAUUAACUCCAACGUAAAGAUCAAAGCAUCUGCUAUCACUAUCAUAGGCAAGAAAAACAUUAACAGAACUUAUCAUGAAAUUCCAUUCCGAAUUUUAAUUACUAUCACUCGCAAGAAGAAUCCCAUUGAUCAAGCAACUAUUAAAAUAAGACCUAUUAAUGAAAAAGAAGUGAAUUUUGAGUCUAAUGAUAAUAAUCAAUUUUCACUUAUAGAAGAUAAAUCAGUAGAUGUUCAUUAUGAUGUAAUUUCGCAUGUAGCAGCUUCUGUUGCAUUUAACAUUUCAUAUUUAGAGCCAAGGAAAGAAAUAAAAAAUAUAAAAUUAAUAAUUCCGAUUUAUCCAUCAAUUAUUGUAGAACCAAAAGUCAUGUUAUUUAAUACAGGAUUUAUUCUUCACUAUUCUAUUGAAAAUAAGCUUUCAUUUGCAGUAAAUGAUAUAAAUUUAGAAACAUCCUUUCCUACAUUUCCACGAAUUGUAUUUCAAACAGACCAACCUACUUUCCCCUCAACAGAAUCAGAAUUCGAUAUGUGCGAAGAGCUAAAACCGGAUAACAUAAUAAAAACUUUUAUACAUGGAGACUUUUUCCCUCCAAAAGAGCGCAUGAACAUUGGAACAUUCACAAUAAAAUAUACCGUUCCUUCACUUAAUCGAACAUUUUCAUUUACAAAGGAAAUUGUUGACCAAAAUGAACUUGUUGACAAGCCAUUUGCCUUCAGCUUAAUUGGGCAGCCUGAUAAAGUCCCUGUGUUAACACCUUUCAAUGUUAAAGUUGAUAUUUUCAAUAAUUUAAAAGCAAAAGCUUCAUUUUCUUUAGAAAUCUUGACAACAGAAAAUUCGACACUUUUACCAUAUGGAAAACACUAUUAUUCCAUUGAUGAAAUAGGAAUUGAACCAAUCAGAAUUUCAAUGGAAUUUAUCGCAAUUACUGAAGGUUUGUUGAAGUAUCCCCAAAUGCUUAUUAAGUCUGAUAGUUGUUUUCCUUAUAACGUUGAUUUUAAUGAUGGAGUUUUCGCAAUUGCCCAAAAAUGUGAAUAA